AUGAAGCAGAAGAACAUCGACACCAUCAAGACCCUGAUCACCGUGGCCCACACCGACGGGAACUACCUGGGAAACUCCUGGCACGAGAUGCGCGUGAGAGUCUGGAUGACCAUCCACUUGUGCUCAAAGGAGCUGGUUGAAGUCUCCAGGAUUGUCAAGAAGAUCUCCCGAAAGAACACCUUAAUGGGACAGCAGGGUGAGGAAGAUGGCCAGCGAGAGCUCGAAGACCUCGGGCACGGAGGAGACUCCGUUCUUGGACAGGGCCACGCACAGAUACUGUUUGAUGGCGUUCACGAACAUCUCGAUGCGGAGGCUCUGCAGGGACCUCACAGUGCAGCGCGAUUCUCCCACAUCCUGCAGAAAGACGCCUUCCUGGUGUUCCGCUCCCUCUGCAAACUCUCCAUGAAACCGCUGGCCGACGGACCUCCUGACCCAAAGUGCCUGCUGCUCUCCGUGCUGCAGGGCGCCGGGCCGGUGUUUCGCACCCACGAGAUGUUCGUGAACGCCAUAAAACAGUACCUGUGCGUGGCCCUGUCCAAGAACGGAGUCUCCUCCGUGCCCGAGGUCUUCGAGCUCUCGCUGGCCAUCUUCCUCACCCUGCUGUCCCACUUUAAGGUGUUCUUUCGGGAGAUCUUUUUGACAAUCCUGGAGACUUCAACCAGCUCCUUUGAGCACAAGUGGAUGGUCAUCCAGACUCUCACGCGCAUCUGUGCAGACGCUCAGUGCGUUGUGGACAUCUACGUCAACUACGACUGCGACCUGAACGCCGCCAACAUCUUCGAGCGUCUGGUGAACGACCUUUCGAAGAUCGCCAUGGGGAGGAGCGGCCAGGAGCUGGGGAUGACCCCGCUGCAGGAGCUGAGUUUACGUAAGAAGGGCCUGGAGUGUCUGGUGUCCAUCCUGAAGUGUAUGGUGGAGUGGAGCAAAGACAUGUAUGAGCUGAGUUUACGUAAGAAGGGCCUGGAGUGUCUGGUGUCCAUCCUGAAGUGUAUGGUGGAGUGGAGCAAAGACAUGUAUGAGGCUGGAAAAGGGGCUCUGGGUCUGGAGCCCUGA